AUGGCGCCCACCGAGGCCAUGGAAGUCGACGGCGACGAGUUCGACAGCGACAAUCCUCCAAGUGAUGACGAGGAUACCAGAUUCCACACCUCGCCUAUCUCUCCGAACGAGUGGAUGGACCUGCCGCGUAUCAUGCCUCGUCUUGACCCGGCCGACUUUGCGCCCCUCGACAGUGGCGACGUACGUGCAUUCACGUCUACCAUGAUGCGACGAGCACUGGUGUUGCGAGACGUGCUCCAGGCCUUCCAGAACCAACUCAAGAUACUAUUGGGUCGGACACACAAUUUGUAUCAGGCGAACGUGGACGAAAUGGCGAGAAGACGAGGAGCUUUGAUGACCGUGACACCUCGUCUUCUUCGCAAUAGUCUUGAAGAGUUCGCUUGCAAGCUUGGCUCGGAUACGGACUACCAUGAUGCUGCAGACAUACUCGAAGACUUGGCUCGCGUGGGCAUGACAGAGAUUGCUGGCCAUGCCCUUUCUACUCACAUCCCUCUGAACGAGACAUACGAAACGGUCUUCAUGAUUCUCAGAAGGAUUUCGCAUCAUACCGAAGGCUUUCCAGACAUCAACAACUUCAUGGCCAUGGACGACGCCGCAAAGAGAAUGAUUGACCAAGAGGGUGAAGGCGAUGUUGUCGCCAGAAUGGGCCGCCUGAACGGAGAGUGUAGAAAAGCUCUCGAAGACGCAUAUCUGAGUCUCUGCAAGUUCGACGAGGCGGAGGACACUUUUCAUCAACUGCAGAUGAAACUCCAGCGGGCCCUCAACCUUGGAUUCGAUGGCAGACCCGGCCAGCCCAACACCAAGACGAAUUCGACAAGAGAACAGGUCAUUGAGAAGCUGUUGGAAUUCGCGCUGGAUGAUAAAAACAUGCUCAUGUACGUCAAAGGCGGACUAUAUCCAAGGGUCUUCCGGACCGCCAUGGCAGUCUCGCACGUCGAACAAGUCAGAUCGCUGUACUUUGAGCAUGUUCUGGUCGGGCAACUGCAAGACGAGAUUGGGGACAUGUUUGAUGAGAUGGAAUAUGACCAGGACAUCAAAGAGAAACACAAGAAAACGGCGCCAUUUCCCGGCUACAAGGACGAUCUGGUGAGAUUGCAAGACAUCCAACGCCCGCAUCCGGAAAAGGAGCUCGAGUACGAGAGACGGAAGAGGGACGAGGACAAUUUGAAGGACCUACAACGACGAGCGAUCAAGAAGAUUCUAGCCAGAGUCAUCAAAGCAUUGGCAAGUCCAAAGACGAGGCGUUCACAAGAAAUUCAGGGAAAUGUCCGAUGA